AAACGCUGAGAGCUCAUUUCAAGAAGACAAAAACCCUAAAACCCUCUCGAAAGCAAAAGCAAAAGGCUCGAAGCCCCGACUUUCCGCUCAGCACUGAAGCUUCCUCCCUUUGUCUUUAAUGGCUACAAUUCCCGUUAACCCGAAACCUUUCUUGAACAAUUUGACUGGAAAGACUGUUAUAGUGAAGCUCAAGUGGGGGAUGGAAUACAAAGGUUUUCUCGCCUCAGUUGAUUCUUACAUGAACUUGCAGCUUGGCAAUGCUGAAGAGUAUGUCGAUGGCCAAUUCACUGGAAAUCUGGGGGAGAUUUUGAUCAGAUGUAAUAAUGUUCUCUAUCUUCGUGGGGUACCAGAAGAUGAAGAUAUAGAAGACGCUGAUAGGGACUAGAUUGGUUCUCUUAUAGUUUAGAUGGAACUUUUGGCUGUUCAACCAAAAGCUUCUGUAGCAUUUUAAUAUCAUGAUUGGAGGUCAUUGUAUUACCUGACAAACAAACUGCUACGUAGUUAACUUUGCCAUGAUUGAUCGCCCUUACUAACAUUAUUUGGAAUAUGUAUCCUUUAGAUUUAAGCUAAAUGUCUUGUGGGGCACAAACAUGGGUGGCCCUGUGGUUAAUAUUGUGUCUGAAAACCAGUUACUCUAGAAAGAAAUGGAUUUCAUGGCAACUUGUUUGAGAUA